AAAGAGAGACUGCAUUGGGAUGCUGACGUUCAUUCAAUAGAGCGAUCAUAAUCAGAGCCCAUAGUCCCGUCUACUUACUACACUAUCACAUAUCUGCACUUGAGACAGCUUUUCUUAUUCUCUGGACUGAGGAUGUUAAAUCAAAGAAUCCACUCGGGCGUUAUUAUUCUUCUCACUAUCUGUCUGUGCCACUUUAUGGAAGAUCACGCAGCCCACGCUGGGAAUUGUUGGCUUCAGCAGUCGAAGAACGGCCGCUGCCAGGUCCUGUACAGGACCGAUCUGAGCAAAGAGGAAUGCUGCAAGACCGGCAGACUGGGCACCUCGUGGACAGAGGAAGACGUCCCCAACAGCACCCUCUUCAAGUGGAUGAUAUUUAACGGAGGGGCCCCGCACUGCAUACCCUGCAAAGAAACCUGCGAGAACGUGGACUGUGGGGUUGGGAAAAAAUGUAAAAUGAACAAAAAGAAUAAGCCGCGGUGCGUGUGCGCCCCGGACUGCUCCAACAUCACGUGGAAGGGCCCGGUGUGCGGGACCGACGGGAAGACCUACAAGGACGAGUGCGCCCUGCUCAAAGCCAAAUGCAAGGGGGUCCCCGAGCUGGACGUGCAGUACCAGGGCAAAUGCAAGAAGACCUGCAGGGAUGUGCUGUGUCCUGGCAGCUCCACGUGUGUGGUGGAUCAGACCAAUAAUGCCUACUGUGUAACAUGUAAUCGGAUUUGCCCGGAGCCUGUCUCCUCCGAGCAGUAUCUGUGUGGGAAUGAUGGAAUCACAUACGCCAGCGCCUGUCACCUGCGCAAAGCUACCUGCCUGCUGGGGAGAUCCAUUGGAUUAGCCUACGAGGGCAAAUGCAUAAAGGCAAAAUCCUGCGAGGACAUCCAGUGCAGCCCCGGGAAAAAGUGUUUAUGGGACAACAGAGUGGGAAGAGGCCGGUGCGCGAUUUGCGAUGAACUGUGCGCAGAUAGUAAAUCUGACGAGUCAGUGUGCGCCAGCGAUAACACCACCUACCCAAGCGAGUGUGCCAUGAAGCAGGCAGCCUGCUCCUUGGGGGUGCUUUUGGAGGUGAAACACAGCGGAUCUUGCAACUGAAUCUGCAAUAAAAGCCCCGAUCCAUUGAUUCUUCAGAACUUUCUGCAGAUAAGACUUCAUAGAUUAUGUUUAAAAAGUAUUACUUAAAAGAGGGUGCCAAAGAGCAUCGCUGCAAGUCACAUACAAUGCAACGCUGUAUUAUGGCUGUUCAGAGGGCUUUGAAAAAAAAACACACAAAAACAUGCUUCUGCGCUGUUGUUUUCCAUAUUUAAACAACAGCUCCCCUAUAUUCCCCCAUAUAGCCAUUAAUGAAGAUACAGAGGAGGAAGAUGAAGAGGAGGACCCGGACUACAGCUUCCCUUUAUCUCCUGUCCACUGGUAAAACCUCCAAAACUGUUGGAACAGCCCUUGGGCAACGAAAUUCUGUCCAUACUGUACAUAGGUGUAUGCUUAUUUAUUUUUGGGGAAGAAAAACAAAAAAAGUAUACUUAUAGUUGAGUCUUGCUAGACAUUUAUUUAUACUGUGUCAUGUUUUAUAAUUUAUACAUUAAAAUGUCUGUUUUGACUGUACACCUUGUUUUGAAGAAAAUAUAUUCGUCAAAAGGAAGAGCAGUGUUAUUUAUUGUGAGAUAAAGUUCAUUGUACAGUAAAACUUUCCUUGUGAUGUCCAUUCCUAUAGCUGGGCCUUUACUGUCCAUCCUAAGUCACUGAAGUUAUAUUGUUUCUCUGCACCACACUUGCAUGUCAGGAUCUGUGUUUUUUUAUUUAUUGGGUCUUUUUCCCUCUAGUUCUGUACAUAUAUCAUUUGGGUUUUGUUUACAAGGAAUCUAGACUGACCAAAAACAGGCUGAAUCAUAGCUAAUAGUAAAGGAUGAGAGGGGUUAAGAGAAUAUCGUUCCCAUUACCCUCUCCACUCUAGAUCAUAGAUCUACCUGGAUUAAGAGAGGACUCAUGGAUCCUCAUUAAACUCUCCUGGUUGCAAACGCACCAUCCUUGAGUCUAUGUCACAGAGGCAUUGUGGUUAAACCCAGCCAAUGUCAAUUCUGCUAUCUAACCUCAGUCCAAGUUGCUUGCUUUUCAUACUACACACACUUAUUUGUUUCUUUUUUUCUCUCUCUCUCUCUCUCUGUUUCGAUUUUAUAUUUCCAAACAUGGCAAGUUAAAUAUAAAUCCAUUUAAAUAUAUAGUUUUGUACUUUUUUACCAUGUAAAUGUGCAAUGUAUAUAAAAGUUAUAAUGUGUAUUUGUAAAUAAAUUAUAGGUGAACAAUAAAAAUGGAAUUUUCCUAUGCACUGCUCUAA